AUGGAUAACUCUGCAACAACAGUAAUAAAUAAAGAUUCCAAACAAAACUUGAAAAUAAUAAAAUGGAUAAGCCAUAAUUAGAACACUUCAAAUUUACUGAAAUUUAAGAAAGAAUUGGCUAAAAAAAUACUGAGAGAGUAAAAGAAAGCUUAACUUUAUUGA